AUGGUGAACAAUACUAGAACAACAAGAAACAACUCCAACUCGAUACCUAGGGUUACAUCAGCUAACACUGAACACACUGAACCUUCCAAUACUGAAGGAUUUUCACCUUUUUCCCUUGAUCCUUCUCAUACUUUUCACAUCCAUCCAUCUGACAAUCCUGGAAGCCAAUUGGUGGCAAUGCCAUUCUCUGGUACUGGGUUUGUACUUUGGAGAAGUAGUAUGGUGACUUCUCUCUCAGCUAAGAACAAGCUGAGUUUGCUUGAUGGAAGGACACCUCAACCACCCUCAGAAUCUCCUUAUUUUCCUUACUGGGAGAGGUGUAAUGAUAUGGUCAAAGCAUGGAUAACUAAUUCAGUUUCUAGAAAUAGUACUGUUGUCAGUGUAAUGUGCCGUAAAACUGCUAAGGAAGUAUGA